AUGUUUAUUCAGGUUUUGGGCAAACAGACGGGCACAUUAGCCAAUAACAGCCCUGGACUUUGGCUGUGGGCGGGGCUACCGAUGCGAGGAAACUCGCGGACGUCGACCUCCGUGUCUCGUGUCCAGCGCUAUCCUGAACGCACGCGAGAGAAAGUUUGUGGCGAGUUGAACUUAUUUGUUUGUGUUGUGGACUGUUUUCAACGGGACGCUACUGCGCCACGGCUCGGAAACGCACAUGGGCCAAGUGGAGGUCAUUUUAGACCUUUAGCGCCAAGAAGAACUUUUAAGGAAUUUUCGGGAGCUGCUGAUCGUUCAGCACUACCACCGCAGAGCGCGUGCCAGCCUGCGAAACUGCAGCGUCGUCGCGUUCUGGCGUAUCUUCGGUGCAGCGUACGGUCGCACGAGCCUGUCGACUGGUUCUGUGAAGAGCACACCGGAGCACGCGCUGGAAAAGGAGGUUCCGUACAGAGAAGAUUAGCAGGACCAAAGAAACCCCCCCUCUCUCUCGGAGUUUGUAUUUCUUUGUUUGCUGCCACUCCAUUAAAUUGCGUAAAUAUGAACGGACCCAGGCGGUAUUCGUCGCGCGCUACAGCACUUUAAUGUGGGACAACUGAACUGCAAAACGGUGCCUGAGUUAAAACUUUACUGCGAGAGUCUGCGUGGACACGGCCUGAGCCAGCGCGAGCGAGUUUCCAUCAUCGAUGUGGGUAGCGGGGCUCGCGGAGACACGGCCCAGCUGACAGCUCGUGAAGGGACUAUUACUUGUUAAACAUCCCCGGGAGCGUGACGCGGCUGAGAUGCAACCCGUACGGUGCACCGUGUUCCUCGCGCUCUCCUUAGCAUUUACCGGAUUCCCCGGCCCGUGCGUGGCAGAAGAAGAAGUCGUGAUGAAUACAAAGCUGGAGACAUCUGAUCUCAGAUGGACCAUCUACCCCAGUACAGACCCUGAGUGGGAAGAGAUGAGUGGACUAGAUGAGGAGGGUAACAGCGUGAGGACGUUUCAGAUCUGUCCGUCGGACAGCUCGGCGAGUCACUGGCUGAGGACGCGGUUCGUGCCUGCAGGUGGAGCGUCUCAGCUGUACGUGGAGCUACGCUUCACCAUGAUGGAGUGUGGCACCAUCACCUCCACGAUGCGUGCCUGCAAAGAGACCUUCAACGUCUACUACUACCAGAGUGACCAGGACACGGCCACACACACACAGCCCGCCUGGAUGGAGAACCCAUACGCUAAAUUGGACACGGUAGCUGCAGAUUUCCUGCUCCGGCGUGGGGGAGAGAGGAAGUCCAAUGUGAAGACCCUGCGUGUGGGCGGGCUCUCUAAGAAGGGCGUGUACCUAGCCUUCCAGGCGCAGGGCGUGUGCAUGGCCCUCCUGUCCGUCAGGGUCUACUUCAAAAAAUGCCCCGCCCUCACACGCUCUUUCUCCGCCUUCCCGGAAACCAUCCCCCAUUCCCUGGUGGAGCAAGCCGAGGGCAUGUGUGUAGCUAACUCCGCCCCUGCAGGACUGAGUCCCCGCCCACCCACUAUGCUGUGUGGGGAGGAUGGGCAGUGGGUGGGGCCUCCCUCUACUUCCUGUGUGUGUAAAGCAGGUUAUGAGGCGGUGGACACAGACCGUUGUCGAGCAUGUGGACCGGGGCACUAUAAGGUGUCACUAGGAGUGAGUGUGUGUCGUGGGUGCCCUUUGAACAGUAACACAAACUCUCCAGGUGCUGGUGUCUGUUCUUGUCGCCCUGGUUACUAUCGAGCACCUAACGACUCCCCGGACACUGCAUGCACCAGGUCUCCCUCUGCUCCGAGGAACAUCAUCCCCCAAGUGAAUGACACAGUGGUGACUCUGGAGUGGAGUGAGCCAUUGGACGGUGGGGGCCGGGCAGACUUCUCCUACUCCUUGGAGUGUGUGCGCUGCAGCCCGAGUGUGUGUGUGCCGUGUGCUGAGAGUGUGACCUACCGGCCAGGGCAGGUGGGCGUGACGACCCGGCGCGUGGUUGUGCGUGGACUCCUCCCACACACACACUACACCUUCACAAUUCUGGCCAUCAAUGGGGUGACCGCGGUCAGCAACACACACCCUGCUGUCAGCUCCGUCAACAUCACCACCAGCACGGACGUCCCUGUUCCAGUAUCAGGUGUCAGGAGAACAAAAGCAUCUGAGUCCAGUGUGACUCUGAGUUGGGCUGUUCCCUCUCUACCUCACUACACCAUCCUGGACUACCAGCUACGCUACUGCCCUGAGGGGGAGGAGGAUGUUUGGCAGUAUGUGAGCAGUAAGACUAACUCUGUUGUGCUGUCGGACCUGUCGCGGGCCUCUCAGUACCGUGUACAGGUCCGAGCCCGGACACACACAGGAUACGGACACUUCAGCAACACAGCCAGCUUCAACACACUGCCCGACGAGGUGCAGUCUCACUCCAGGUUGGUAGUGACAGGUGUGCUCGUUGCUACUGGACUCCUCAUCCUAAUCGUCAUGGUGACGCUCACUGUGUUCUGCUGUCGGAGGCACAGUAGACAAAGGGACUCUGAAAUGGAUAAAAAUGCACAGAACCUCAUGAUCCAAGGUGUGAAAGUGUAUAUAGAUCCGUUUACGUAUGAGGAUCCUAACGAGGCCGUACGGGAGUUUGCAAAGGAGAUCGACGUCUCCUUUGUUAAGAUUGAGGAGGUGAUUGGCGCAGGGGAGUUUGGAGAGGUGUGUCGUGGUCGUUUACGUGUUCCCGGUAAAAAGGAGAAUUAUGUGGCCAUAAAGACUCUAAAGGGCGGGUACACAGACAAACAAAGGCGGGACUUCCUGUCAGAAGCGUCAAUCAUGGGUCAGUUCCAUCAUCCCAACAUCAUUCACCUGGAAGGAGUUAUUACUGCUUCCUGUCCUGCCAUGAUCCUCACCGAGUACAUGGAGAAUGGGGCCCUGGACUCCUUCCUAAGGCUAAACGACGGCCAGUUCACGCCCAUCCAGCUGGUGGGUAUGUUGAGAGGCAUCUCCAGCGGUAUGAAGUACUUAGCAGAGAUGAGCUACGUGCACCGCGACCUGGCCGCACGCAACAUCCUCGUCAACAGCAACCUGGUGUGUAAGGUGUCCGACUUCGGUCUGUCACGCUUCCUCACGGAGAACUCCUCCGACCCAACCUACACCAGCUCCCUGGGUGGGAAGAUUCCGAUCCGCUGGACAGCUCCCGAAGCUAUCGCCUUCCGGAAGUUCACCUCCGCCUCUGAUGUGUGGAGCUACGGGAUCGUCAUGUGGGAGGUGAUGUCGUUCGGAGAGAGACCCUACUGGGACAUGAGCAACCAAGAUGUGAUUAAUGCAGUAGAGCAGGACUACCGGUUGCCCCCGCCCCCUGAAUGCCCCGCCCCCCUGCACCAGCUGAUGUUAGACUGUUGGCAGAGAGAGCGUGGAGCCCGCCCCCGAUUCUGUGACAUCGUUUCUGCCCUUGACAAGCUGAUCCGAAACCCAGCCUCUCUGAAACUCACAGGCCACCUGCCUGAUGGGCUGUCCCACCCGUUGCUGGACCGGCGAGCCCCUCCCCGCCUGUCCCAGUGUGGCUCCGUGGGGGAGUGGCUCAGUGCCCUUAAGAUGGAGCGCUACGAGGGGAGUUUCGUCCAGGCUGGAUUCACCACCUUUGAUCUCAUCUCACAGAUCUCUACAGAGGAUUUAUUGCGUAUUGGUGUUACUCUGGCUGGUCAUCAGAAGAAGAUUUUGUCCAGUAUCCAAACAAUGAGAGUUCAAAGCCAAACCUCAAUAAGAUACUGAACACCCACACACCCACACAGGUCAAAACACAGGACUCAAAAUUUUUCAAUGAAAACUUUCCUGUAAUUAGUUGCGCUUCCUGUUCCAGUCCUGUUACCAUGACAGCGAAACCCUGUUCAUGAACCGUGACAUCACACUACAUACUACCUAUGGCAUAGCACUGUCCAGCAGACCACGACAAGAUGAGGUCACUCUUACCUCACAGUGCCUGCCUACAGAACAACAGCAUAUCACUGCCCGCUGAGUCAUGAUGCAACCAUCUGACUGGCAGUGGGAACGUCCAAUCACAUUAGAGGAAUGAGGGAUGAUGUUGGCAUGGAGAGAGGAGGAUAGAGAGAAGCAAGUCUGAAGAGAUAUGAUUAACCUCUGUUCACUCUUCAGAGCAACCCGGGCUGUUCACCCAGUUAUCUUACAAUCAGGUUAUUAUUUUAUUAUCUUCUGUUUAUAUUGGACAGGUCUCUGCUUCCCUCAGAAUUCCUCCACAGACACCACACACAUUGCAGCAAGGCGCCAGUGAAGGUGUUGUAUCUGUGUGUGUGUGUGUGUGUGUGUGUGUGUGUGUGUGUGUGUGUGUGUGUGAGUGUGUGUGUGUGUGUGUGUGUGUGUGUGUGUGUGUGUGUGUGUGUGUGUGUGUAGCACAAAAAUGGAUAAAAGGAGGGAUGUAAAAGGCAGAAGACAGAGAGAGAUUUUUUAUGCUUUAUCUGAACAGGAGUGUGUGUGCGCGUGUGUGUGUGUGUGGGUGGGUGUUGUGGGUGUUGUGUGUGCGUGUGUGGGUGUCUGGAGAUGUGUUUAAUCAUCUUUGCAGUUGCCUCUAUUCCAUUUUGUCCCUCAAGAUCAAACUACAGGUGGAUGAACUGUUGUAAACAUGGAACAAACAUUAAUUGUGUACUCGUUGCCUUGAGGACAGUUGUCAAGGUAACCAUGUGGCUGUGGACACAAGGGGACAGGCUUUAGGGUUUGAACAAAUGCAAAUAUAACCCCACUCUCACUGAGAAGACCAUGAGGCUUCCUCCUUCAUCAGCCAUGAACUUUGACCCCAAGAGGUUGCCUCGUUCGGCAAAGAUUUGCCCCUUUGGAUUCUGGGAGUUUAUCCAGGCCCUUCAUAUUGAAGGACCGUUAUAAUAUGUACUUUAGCAAGCCAAGGAUCUUUUAAAUAAAGUUUUGCUUUUUUGUACGGAUUUCAAAAACAUCAUGAGUACUGAAUUUAUAUUUGAGAAAAAAUGUUGGGAGCAACAUGUAAUUCACAACGAGUGUAGUCUCUCUGACCAAUCACAAUAAAGAGUCUCAGACAUGCCCCUCCCACUUAA